UUUCGAGCCGAGAUUUUUAUAUUCAAAGUUCGAACUUUCGUUUACGCGAUGGACGACUUGCAGAAUCCUCUAUCUCCUCAUGAAUCCGAAGGAGACGGCGAAGGAGAAGAAGAUCACCUGUUGAUUGACCCCGUUGACGAAUUUCGCCAGCGUCUUGAAGCGAAGGAACAAGAACUCGAAAUCGUCAUUGCGCGAAUCAAAGAGGGUCAAUCUUUCGCUGAACAUAAGCAGUUAAUUGAUCAAGACUUUAAUGUCUUGUCGAAUGACGUGAGAAAUUUGAUCAACGACGUGAAUUUGCAAUUCGAGUUCAUUGAAAAGAUCGCAUCCCUCCGCGCUAAGCUGAAUAUUACGAUCGAUCACGUAGCCGCAUCUCGCAAUCAACCUUCCAACAAUAGGUCUGAUCAGAUGUUUUUGAACGGAGCAGUGCAGCUCGAAAAAAUUAAGCUGCCUAUUUUUACUGGUGACAUCUUGGAUUGGCCCACUUGGUGGGACCUCUACAGCACGGUGGUCCAUAAGGAGCCGCGAUAUACGAACGUGCAGCGCUUCGCUUACCUAAAAACAUACACGAAUGAAGUAGUCCAGUCCUGUCUGGGCGAGUUGACUGCUACAGAUGCGAACUAUGAAGAGGCGAUCAGCCGUAUUUUGGAAAAUUACGAUAACAAAGAGAAGCUGAAGGACGCUUAUUACCGAAAAUUGGAUGGUAUUCAGGAAGCUUCGUCUCCCACAGGUAGCCGAAAAAAUAUUGAGUUGAUUCGUUCGAUAGCCUCCAAUCUUAAGAAUCUUGAUGUUGUGACCGACCAAGAUUUGUUGAGAAAUCGUAUAUUAUGUGCCUUUUCUGAGGAAAUGAUAUUCUACGUCGUGAAGAAAUUAAAGAAGCUGUCACCUGCGAACGUCAUUGAAACAAUUAUUGAUCUUAUCGAUAAACGUUUAAAAAUCUUCGAACAAGUCGAGAUUAUUAUGAAGCAUAAAAAGAAACCUACGACAUCUUCCGAUUCGCAGUCUUCUUCUGCCAACGUGAAUACAGUUGGGGCUUCUUUGGUUGGAGCAGCUGGUGGUUCCGGUGGUUCUGGUGGUUCGACUCAGGCUUCGUCUCGUAAACGUAAGGCGAAAAAGCAGGGUGGCAGUAUCCAGACUCAGCCUCCGCAACCGACUCCGUUUCGUCAAAAUCAGCCUCCUCCGCAACAACCUACGAACAAUAUCAACACUAAUCGAUCACGUCGAACUAAUAUGCAACAGAAUGGUCAUAUCAAUCAGUCUCAACGCAAUCCAAUGUAUCAUUAUUUGAAUACGCCCUGCAUGUUUUGCAAUCGCAAUAACCAUCAUUCGGCCGAUUGCGAAUCAAUGUGUACUUGGCGUCAACAUAAGGAGUUUUUGGAUGGCAGCAAUCGCUGCUUAGUGUGCGGGUCACCUGACCAUAAGUUGGAAGGGUGUUCGCUGCGAUUCAAUAAUUGCACAUGGUGCAAUAAGCCAGGCCACUGUUUGUUAAUGUGCAUAAAUAAUAUGCAGGAGGUCGCCAACAAAGCUAUGAAUCGCCGCCAAAACCGCUCAGGUUCAACGAACAAUCGCCGCUAAAAUUCGUGGGAGCUCGUGAAAUACAUUGAUAUUAUAUUUGACGCACCGUUUACAUUUUAUUUCAACGCAUCAUUAUUCUUAUGCACUUAUUUUUUACUUCGAUGUAUUUUUACUCAUAUUUUUUAAUCGAUAUUUUAUAUUGGAGUUUAUGUUUAAUUAAAAUGAAAAUAUACGUAACGUGUACCUAUUUGUGUU